AUGACACAACGCCUAAAGCUCAACAGCAGCAACCUCUCCUCUAUUGCGUCACAGCAGGGAGACCUAAAGGUCAAGGUCCCCUCCUACGACCGCAAGUCCCUCAAGGAGGGCAUCGUCCACGUCGGAGUUGGUGGUUUCCACAGAGCGCAUUUGGCCGUCUACGUAGACAAUCUGCUCGAGAAGCACGGUGAGCGCGAUUGGGCCAUCUGCGGUAUCGGCCUGCGACCCAACGAUGCCGCCAUGCGCGAUGUCCUCAACGCCCAAGACCAUCUCUACACAGUCAUUGAGCGCUCUGCAAAGGGCAGCUUCGCCGAUGUCGUCGGCAGCAUUAACUCCUUCAUUUUCGCCCCCGAUGACCGUGAGGCCGUCAUCGCAAAGAUGGCUCAUCCCGACACACGUAUUGUUUCUCUCACUAUUACUGAGAGUGGCUACUACUACAACGAGAACACCCAUCAAUUGAAGGACGAACACCCCGACAUUCAGCACGAUCUCAAGCCCGAGAACGAUAACGCCCCCAUUAGCACUUUCGGCUUCCUCUACGCUGCUCUGGCUAGACGUCACGCUGAGGGCCGCAAGCCCUUCACCGUCCUGUCAUGCGAUAACAUGCAGAAGAACGGAACCAUCACCCGCAACAUGCUCACUUCUUUCGCCAAGCUCCGCAACCCUGAGCUUGCCAAGUGGAUCGACGAGGAGGGUGCUUUCCCCAAUGCCAUGGUUGAUCGCAUCACCCCCAGCACCUCUGAGAACGACAUCAAGUCACUCGCCGAGAACUUUGGCAUCGAGGAUGCUUGGCCCGUUGUCACCGAGCCUUUCAUGCAGUGGGUUGUUGAGGACAAAUUCGCCGAUGGUCGCCCUCCCUUCGAGAAGGUCGGUGUCCAGGUUGUCCAUGACGUGCACGACGUCGAGCAGUUUGAGAAGCACAAGCUCCGUCUCCUCAACGCCAGCCACUCCGCCAUGGCUUACCCCGGACAGCUUGCUGGCUUCAAGUACGUCCACGAGGUCAUGGAGCACCCCAUCUACCGCAAGUUUGUCUGGCAGAUGAUGCAGGAGGAGGUCAAGCCCCUUCUUCCCGAGAUCCCCGGCGUCGACAUCGACCAGUACUGCAACACCCUCAUGGAGCGAUUCUCCAACCCCACCAUCAUGGAUCAGAUUCCCCGUGUCGCUCUGAACGCCUCCGGCAAGAUCCCUCAGUUCAUCAUGCCCUCUAUCGCCGAGAACAUCUGGGUUACUGGCCCCUUCCGCCGCUUGUGUUUCGUCGCUGGUGCCUGGUUCAUCUACAUCAAGGGAGUCGAUGACAAGGGCAACACCUUCGAGGUUGACGAUCCCAUGCGCGAGAAGCUUCAAGCUCUGGCCAAGGAGGGCGGCAAGGAUCCCCGCUCUAUUCUCAGCGUCCGAGAGCUGUUUGGUGACGAUUUGCGAGGCGACCAGCGCUUCCUGGACGAGGUGACCAAGGCCAUGGAGCUCAUCACCAAGGAUGGUGUGAUGGAGACCAUCCCCAAGUAUGUCAACUAA